CUUUUUUUAUUAGUGGACUAAUGGAUUUAGACAUUAAUAUUACAAGUUCUUGUCGAAUCUCUGUUUUACUCAUUCCCAUUAAACCCAUUAGACGAUUGGUAUUUACACAUUAUGUAGAUUUGAUUCAACAAUUCAAUACGAUCCGAUUGAGUGAUGUCACUCCAGAUAACAAUCAUGCCAUGUUUACUAGUCAAAAUUUUCAAAAAGGACAAAUUCAUUUUCAAUUUUCAACUUGUACUACUGAUCAUUACAAGGAACUGAUUGAUUUUCAACCACAUCGUCGAUUAUAUGGGGUGAUAGGUAUUAUGGAUUGUCAAGAAUGGAAAGAUCAAUCAUUGAGAAAUGGUUAUCAACAAUUUCAAGCAUCAUUAGAAAAGUAUCCUUCAUCAAUAGUCCAACGAUGUUUUGCUUUUGAUCCUGCAGAUUCUCAACCUGAUGAUAUCAAAGGUUUGAUCAUGAUACCUAAUGUUGGUGAUAAGGCUUUUUAUAUGAACACUAUGAUUUGUGAUUUUGCAAGUGAAAUUCUGAUUCAAUUUUCUAUAUUGGCAAAAAGUAUUAGACAGCAUUGGAUUAUCAAAUCGCCCACAAGUAACACAAAUCAUGCGAACUCUCCUCCGACUUUAUUACAUAACGAUUCUAAUUUUCCAUCACUCUAUGAAUCCAGUAUUACUUCUCACAAUUUAUCAACUACCACAUCUACUUCAUCAUCCAUUCAAUAUACAUCAAAAAUUAGUAAACGUGCGCCUGGAAGAAUCAAGAAAUUAUAUGCCGAUUUUUAUUUGUUAUCGGGACGAUUACCGGAUGCUCUUAGUUUUUAUAAACAAGCUAUAGAUAUGACAAGAAUAACAUCGGAUUAUCUCUGGCUGGCUAGUGCUAUGGAAGGCUAUGUAUGUGCGACCGUACUAUUAGAACAAUUACAACAAGAAAAUGAGAUCAUACCUGUAUCAGUUAAUAGUCCAUCAUCGGCAACAAACUCACCGAGAGAUACCAGUCCUCUAACAGGCUCAUCACUGACAACAACUUACAUACUAGAACAGUAUAAUACCAUCUUAUACUAUUAUUCAAAGGAAAUCAAAUCAGCAACCACUACUACAAUGACAGCUACGUAUGACAAUCGAAGAAAUACAAACGACAAUAUCAAUGAUAAUGAUCAAUCUAGCAUAUACCGUGAUAUUCCUCUUUCGACUCAUCCCUUAAGUGUAAUCUAUGCUGAAGCCUGUCUAAAAGUGGCUCGAUUGUUAUUGACAGUUUAUUGGAAUGGGCCAUUGGAUAAACAUACUUCAACUCUUUUGCUUCAAGGCAAGUUAACUUCAUCAUUAUCAUCGCCCUCUUCGCCAUCAUCAUCAUCAUCAUCAUCAUUACCUGCAACACCAAUAUCAAUAUCUCAACCGUCGAUUUCUCAUCACUAUCAAUCAUUUUCCAAGGCAAAGAGAUCUGGAGUAGAUCGUUGGGAUAUUGGACAAUGGACAACACGAAUUUGGGAAGCAUCUAUCAACAGCUUGGCAGUUACUGAUCAGAUUCUUGUGAUGAGCCAGAUGGCAAUGAUUUAUUCCUCUAUUGGUUAUUAUCGCAAGGCGGCAUGGCUGAAAUUCAGUAUCCUACAACUUUUGUUCCCUGUUUUACUUAAUCGACGGAAUAGAUCAUCAUCAUCAAAGUCAUCUAAAAUUGAUCAACAAUUCUCAAAAUUGGCCAAUAUCAAUGAUCAAGAUAUUCUAAUAUUAUUAAAAUGGAUUUGUAAUAUCUAUUUAAUUGUGGAGAACAAUACGAUGUUAGAAGAUCAACAAUCAAACUUGUUUGUGCGAUUCAUUGAAAAUAGGAAAGGUGCCUUUGGACAGAUUGGUUGGCCAACUUUACAAAUGGAUAUUCUUCGACAUUGUAUUAUUCUUGUGGAAUCUUUACAUGCUUACGAUGAUAUGUUAUACUACACAUCUAUCUUCUUGAAGAAAAUGUACCUGUACCUUCCCAAACAAGAACAAAUUCGACUUGCCCAUUCAAUUCAACGUAUCAAUUCUCUCAAGGAACGAACAGCAAUAUUGUUUGGCAAGGAAAUAGAGGAUCAAACUAUUAACUAUUGGGAUAUCAAUAUCGUCAAAGAUAUUCGACCUAUUCAAGCAAUUCCAAGGAAAACCUUACAUCGACAUCCACUCACCAAAGACACUAUUAUUAACGCCAUAGAAGGGGUGUCAUAUCAAAAUGACACAACAAAAUCUUCUUCAGAAAAUGAUGCUGGUAACGCAAAUGAUCCAUUUAUCUAUAAUCCCUUUAAGCAAAAGAAACCCGAGCCAAAACAAAUCUUCCUUAUACAAAAUGAAGUUGCUGAAUUCCAAGUAUUACUUGUCAAUCCAUUUGGAUUUGAUUUGGAGUUACAAAGUAUCAGACUUAGCACAACUGGUGUUUCCUUCCAUGCUCAUCCUCAAUCAGCUGUGAUUGCUUCCCGUGGUACUUCUACGCUACUUCUUUCUGGUGUUCCUUCUGAAACAGGUCUACUCAAGAUAUGUGGUUGCUUUAUCAAGAUCAUCGGAUUUGCCGAACAAGAAUUUAUGAUUGACUCUCACGAAAUGAACAAUAACAAAGGUAUAAGGGACCUGCUUCCUUUUGAUCAUAGCAGUUCAAAAACCAUUGAAAAAGAUACACUUUGUCAGCAAAUCUUCCAAAUCCAGUCAUAUCGUUUCCCUGUGAUCGAAGAACAACCAUUAUUGAAAUUACAAGCCACGUCUUUGACACAAGGUGCUGUUAUGCUCUUUGAAGGUGAAAGGACGAACAUGACCAUCAAACUUCAUAACAUUGGGACAGUGCCAGUAGAUUAUAUUUACCUGUCGUUUACUGAUGACUCAACAUCUAGUUUAUUUGGUCCAUCAUCGGAUAUGGAGUUAUCGAUGGAAAAGCAAUAUGAAAUGGAACUUCUUUCCUUGGACAAAGUCUUUACAUGGAAUGGAAAUAUCUUUCAUGAAGGUCAAGAUGUUGGGCAAAGUCUACGGUUACCUCCUGAUUCAACAUUGGAAAUCACAAUCGCCAUUUAUGGAAAAAAGGGAUGUAGCAAUGGAAAUAUUCAAGUGGAUUAUGGGUAUUUGGAUUGGAAUCACAAUGAUCAACAGCAGAAAAAUAUUCAAACAACGUCCGUCUCAAGCAGUAACAGUAGUAGUGACAACAUGUAUUCUAUCUCCAGCAAUAUAUUCUAUACAAGGCAACUAUGUAUACCUUUACUCAUCACUGUGUAUUCUCCUUUGAAGACAGAAAACUGGGAUCUGUUGUAUAUUCGAUCGAAUAACAGCGGAAACGACAAGGAUAUGAAAUCGACAACGUCAAUGAACGAUGCUAGCAACACUUCAUCUUAUCAAGAACAAUCCAUACGAUCACAUCACAGUACAAGCCAGUCUGCAGCAGCUGAAACAAUGUUGAAGCUAUUAAAACGACACUCUUCGUAUGAUCAUCUACAAAAAACGACACAUACCAUCUCUCAAGCGGAAAGGAGAAUCUCGGGACAAAGCGACUACUGUUUGGCUACCAUUGAUAUACAGAAUAGAUGGUCAUUUCCUUUCCUAGUGCGAUUUUCCAUCAGCAAUGAUGACAACGGAGCGGACAACCAUACCAAUGUAGAUUACUUUGUUUCUUCCAAUACUACAGCAAGAGUGCUACUGCCAAUCAAGAGGUUUGUUUUAUCGGAUAAAGCUACACUUCGUCCUAUUACGCUUCAGCCCAAAAAACAAUUUAUUGUUCCUCAGACUCCACGUUCAGCAUUAUCAUCAUCAUCAUUCUCUUCUAUGGAUCAAGAACAAAAACAACAAAUACAAUUACGGCUAUUUUGGUAUCGUGAAAACUUGUUACAGCGGAUUCAGGCGACAUGGACUGCAAUAGAUGAUAACGCUUUGGAAACUGGUAGCGAAAAUGUUGAUGAUUAUCGACAUGGUAUUUUAGACUUGCGAUCAUGCUUAAAACUGACUCUUGAUCAACUUUCUAUCUUGAAAAAACCGGAUGUGAUCUUCGAUGUGAUGCUGGAAGGUGACAGUGUGAAACAACUUGGAUACAGGCACUUCUCCUGUCGCUUUAAUGAACAAAUAUCAUUUGUGUUUACUGUUAGUAACCAACACUUGGAUAAACCAACAAAACUUAUAUUACGUAUCCAGUCCAUUCAAAAUAUCAAUGAUGAAACAAAAGAAUAUAACUUGUUUCAACCAAAUAUUCUGCUUCAAGGGAUGAAUCAAGUAGUUUUACCCGCGCUAUCGAAGACUCAACAAGCACAGCAUACGCUGCCGGUGUUCUUUUUGGCAAAAGGGCAAUAUGAAUUCUUAUACCAUGCACAGGAUGUUGUUUCAAGGCGAACAUUUUAUGAUCAUGAACGGAUGGUGAUCGACGUAGUAGAUUAAUGCAAUAGACUUAAUAAAGUUUUUUUUUUAUAUUACCAUUCUAUGCAAAGUAUUCCUGACGUUAUCCUUGUUUCCAUAGGAAUAGAUUAUCAUUAUCCGUUCUAUUCGUU